CAGUUCGAAUAAGGAGAAAGCCACAGUGAGGAUAUGAAUCAGGAGCUAACUUUGCGUGUCCUCGUGUGACGGGGUGGACCUGCGCCUCGUUUAGCUGCUUAAAUAAUUGUCAGUAUUAAAGUGGCGGACUGACUCUUCGCCGUUUUGGCGGAGGGAGUGGAAGUAAAUGAAAGCGUUGUUUGGAGCCGUUGAACAAAGAGCUUUUCUUCCCUCUACCAUUGUUACGGAGCGGAGCGCCUAUUUUCUAACUGAUUCAGAGGUGGUUUGAGACUGUAAAAGUGAGGGGCGGCCUGUGCUCCAGUCAUGACCUCUGGGAAUGGGAACACUAACAGCAGCCAACACAGCGGAGAGAGCAAACCAGCCCAGGCCCUAGUCAAGACCCACAUCCUCACCCAUCUGAUAGAAGGCUUUGUCAUCCAGGAGGGUGCUGAGCCUUUUCCUGUAGAACGUCCAUCUUUCUCAAUUGAGAGCCUAAAGAGACACACAGUAGACUCAAAGAUGGACGGAGUCUCACCAAAGGAGCUAAAGACCCAGCAGGAGCCCAUGCUGACCUGUGAGCUGUGUGGCAGGGUGGAUUUUGCCUACAUCUUCAAAAGGUCUAAGAGGUUCUGUUCCACAGUGUGUGCCAAACGCUACAACGUGGGAUGCACAAAGAGAAUGGGUCUCUUCCCAAACCGCAAAACCACCCUGGAGAACAUGAAGAAACAAAAAGCACUGAAUGGAAACCACAAAAACUCCAGUUUAGAGUCUAAAAAAAAGAAGCCUGCUGCUGCUCUGUCCACUGGUCACUCUGUCCACCCUGCACAGGGAGAGUCCAGCCAAUGUUCAGACUUGUCUGGCUACAAGAAACCCCCGUCCCCCCUGUCAGCCAGCCAGCGGGUGCCUGCGGUUCAAGGCUCUGAGCUUCCCCUGCUGCCCCACAACUUCCUGCCCAGUGAUCCCGGCCAGUGGAACAUAGGGGACGUCUACGAGUUCAUCUCCUCUCUGCCAGGUUGUCUGGAGAUCGCUGAGGAGUUCCGCUCUCAGGAGAUCGAUGGGCAGGCCCUGCUGCUGCUGAAGGAGGACCACCUCAUGGGAACCAUGAACAUCAAACUGGGCCCUGCACUCAAGAUCUUUGCCCAGAUUAGCAUGCUCAAAGACUCAUAGCCCAUCUCACUCCUCUCACACACACACACACACACACACACACACACACAGGAUGUGCUCAGGAUCCCAUGUGUGGGCUAAGACUGACUGGGCCAGAAUAGUUGUGCUUGGGUGUUUUGUCUCGUCUGCUGAACACAGGGACGUCAGCUGGGACGUCAGCUGGGACUGUCUGACUCACCUUUGACUCUGAUAACUUCACCCUGACACUACGUCAAGAAAACUCCACCCCAUAGUUUGACAGGAGCCAUGUGUUAGGUAGGCUGUGUUGACGAGAGCGCUGGAUGGUAAACGUCUUUUUAGAGACUCAAAAGGAGGGACUUUUUGUUUGUUUUUAGACAGAGAAAGGUCUCUUCCACUAAAGUCAAUACAAACCAUGUAAAAUCAAAGAUGCUGAAUGAAGGAGAAAGAAGGAAUAUCAAGCAGGAUCCAAUCAAGAUCCAAUCUCCCUCUCUGAAGCUUUUUUUUUUUUUUUUUUUGCCACAGCUUUCUCAACCACAUCCCAUGGUCUUCAUCAGUGGACUGAUGAGACUGUGCGUGUUGUUUUCUGUUCGUUUGUUCGUUUUUCAUGAGGUGCUCAGUGAACGAAGCGCUGGAGAGCUCCAGGAGAUGGCGAUGCAGCACAGUGAUGUGCACCGUGACAGUCCUGGAUCGGGGCUAAGAUUCAUCCAGAAGGUGGGUUUAGCACAGAGACUGGAAGCAGGGGGAGGGAAGCUGCCUCACACCACUCACACAUCAGCCGGUGGGAGAAAAGGGUUUUUGCUUUUAUGGUUUGCCGUCGGAGCCAUUUAUUGACCAACAGCCAUUAAAAAGAUCGAGCGCCGUGUGAUGAAAAGAUGAAGCCGAGAACAACACUGCUCACAUUUUAUUUCCCUAAAGACCAGAGGUGUCAGAAAAAGCCUUGACUGUGAAUGGUCAGUAGUUGUUGUAAUCUAAGAAGAACUAAAGAACCACUGGUCUGAAGAUGCUGAGUAUUUUAAUUUGGUUUUUAAGUAACGUUUAGUAACAUUAAGCACAAACACACAGAAAACCUCAUCUAUCAGGAAAAGGGUUUGUUUCCUGGUCCAGGCUGAUUUAUACUUCUGUGUCACGGCGUCUCUGUAUGGGAUCCACCCAGAACAUUUCCUCCAUGUUUGAAGAGUUUGUGGGGAUAUUGUGCUGUAUUUUAUAAACAGGUGAUUUAUUCCAUCGCCGUACAGCUCUGUGUCAGAGUGAGUGAAUGAGAAUGAAUGCAAACAGGAAUUUUCUUAUGUUCCACAAGAGAUCAGGUAGAGUCUAUGCACACAGGAAAUGACCACCAUAAGUGCCUAUGGUGACAUGUGGACACAGAAGUAUAACUCAGACUCUGAACAUAAAAAGCUGAGAGAGCUAUGGAUGGUUUGGAUGUCAUGUCAUGAUACUUUAACCAAAGGCUGGGGAGUGUUACUGCAGAAUUUUUCCUCUCUAGAAACGUGUUCAAGCUGCACCUGAUUAGUCCAGAUCAUAAAAUCCGAGGCAUCCAUUUCACUUUAGAUACCAUCGUAACUAAGAUUUCCAGGAUCUGUGUGUGUGUGUGUGGGGGGGGGGGGGAAAUCCCACUGUAAUUUAUCAGUCUCCACUCAGACAGUGGCAGUUUCUAUCACAGUCCUGUUGUCAGCAUAGGUGUUGUUUGUUUACAGUAUUUUAUUUUGGAAUAAAGCUGGUUUCUUUAGUGGGAGUUGAAAUGCAAUACUGAUCGGGCCAUGACUGUGACGUUGCACGUCUUUACGGGAGACGGAUCUGAAAGCAUGGGUGUCAUGGUAAUGACACCUUUUUAGUUUGUUUAGUGGUAGACACUGUUUAUGAGGUUUAUUUUCUUUUCACUUUUUUUCUAAACUCAAAAAUAAAACCAUUAGAUAA